AUGUCGAACGGAGACCGCCGACUCAGGAUUGCACUUUUCGGCCUCGGUCGCCUAGGAGUCCUCCGGGCCCGCAUCCUCGCCUUCCAGCAGCCUCGAAUCAAACUUGUCGCCGUCUGCGACACAAAGCCUGGCACUGACAAAUGGGCCGCAGAGAAUUUGCCCCCGUCUGUCAAGUACUUCUCGGACCCCCAAGAAUGUUUGAAGAGUAGCGACGCCGAGGCUGUUCUCAUCUGCACCGCGACGGCUACUCAUGCGCCCUUGAUCCUGCAGGCCCUCGAUCUCGGAUUGCACGUCAUGUGCGAGAAGCCAGUCUCUGUGGACAUCGCUACAACUCAGGCAGUAAUCGAGAAAUCUGCUUCAAAGCCUGACCUCAAGCUUCUCGUCCCUUUCACUCGCCGAUAUGAUAAGUCUUACCGCCAAGCAAAGGCCCUAGUCGAUAAUGGAGACCUUGGUGAAAUCCAUGCUGUUGAGACGACUGGUAUCGAUCAAGCAGACCCCAAUGCCUUCUUUGUGUCCUUUUCUGAGCAGUCCGGCGGCAUCUUCCUCGACUUCGGUAUCCACACAGUUGACGCCGGAAGAUACCUGUUGGACGUCAAAUCAGGCCUCUCUAACCCCAAGAAGCAAGUCAACAGAGUCAUUGCAUUCGGCCAAGUGGCUGUCUAUGGAGACUUGGCCAAAUAUGGCGACGCUGACAAUGCAUGGGGCCUGGUUGAAUAUGCCAAUGGCAAGAUUUUCAAGACUUACCUUGGCCGUACACUCACCAGCGGUUUCGAGGACACGACUAGACUCUGCGGCACCAAGGGACAUUCGAUUAUCAGCGCUAACUCGAAUGUUGAGAUUCGCGAUCACCUCGGUAUUCGCUCACAAUCUGUGCCCGAUGCGUUUACUCUUUUCGAUGCGACUUUCUUGGCUGACCUCGCUGAGUUUGCCGACGCUGUACUUGAUAAUAAGCCCUUGACAUGUCAGCCUGAGGAUGCCUUUGAGGCGGGCAAGAUCUGCGCUGCGCUGCAGUACUCAUUCCGCAAGGGUCUUCCUGUAUACUUCGAUGAUAACGGCAUGCCCAUUAUGGAGUAA